AUUGUUUCAGGUGUUAUUACCAGUAAAAUGUUUUCGUAUUCGCAGCUGUGAAAUUUUAAAAAUAAACUAAUAAACUUUGUCUUAAUUUUAUUGCAGCAUAAAUUUAAAACAACGAAAAACAAUGCCCCUUAAAUCAGUAUACGGUACAAUUCUAUCAGUUUUGGAUAACGUGUUUUGGUAUAACGCAUGUUUGAAAUGCAACACCAAGAAUGUAGAGGGUGUAAGGAUAUGCCAAAAAUGCAAAUACACGGGGUUCUAUUUUCGGUAUCGUUUAAUGAUAGAAGUUGACACUAAAUAUGGAAUCUUACCACUUUCUUGCUUUGGAAAUUGUUUGAAAAUACUUUUUGGAAUCGAUGCAGCUGGUUUUAGGAGAGAGCUGUCCCAGAUUGAAUCUACAGAAGAAAUGCUGCAAAAAUUUCAUAACUGUGUUGCCUCGUGCUUUGUUGGCUACUCAUUCAUUUUUCAAAUAAAAAAUUGGAGUAAUACACGACACUCAAGUUGCACUUUAGUUGUGGAAAAAUUACAACAUCUAGUUGGAUCUUCUGAACUACAAACAGUUUAUAACAAAUUUAAAUCGCUAAAUACUCCACAUUCAGCUCAAAAUGAGGAAUCAGUCAUUGAAAGCAUGGAUGCUCAUUCUUCACUUGAAAAUUUAGAAGUCUCUUCUUUAUCAAAAUCGUUGAGUUUUAAUAAGCCUAAUACAAGGCAGAGGUCACUGUCAGACAGUAUGGCAUUUUUGGAAGACACUAUAAUAAGAUGCCUGUUUAACAAAAGUGAUUCUGUAUUCUUUGAAAGGGAAACCAAAAGCUUGGCUCCUGCUACAAGCACUCAAGCUGUUGGUAACCCUACUGGGUCAAAACAAGACAGUUGGUUUUUACUAAACAACCUGACUGUUGGCUCUCAAGGUGAAGUAAAAGAUUCCUAUUCAUCUGAAGUAGGGAAUUAUUCAUCAGUACAUAUCCCAGUUCUUGAUGAUAUAACUCUACCUGUGCUGUCCCCAACCUUAUUACCAGAGCCAUUGUCAAGCAAAAGGAAACUGAAUGAAUCAACUUUGAAUAGUUCACUGCCUAAGCUAAGACGAUGUCUUAAUCUCACGCAAGACUUUAAUGUCAGAAACAUGGAAAAAAUACCAGAAAACCGCAUUAAAAAGGAUGGCGACGCAACUGAAGACUCUUUGCUGGAGGAAUUAGACAGUGAAAUUUUAAAUAUUUCAUCAACAGAUAACAAUUCAUCAAGAACACUACAACAUCCACAGUUGACGCCAAACCGUUUCAAUGGGGAAUCAGGAAAUCCACAAGUAAAACAAUGGACCAUAAAAUCCCCUAUGCCGCCAUACCAAUCAAGCACACCAAAACUUGACAAAAGGUCUUCUCACUGUUGUCAGUCAAUGUCUAGACCACCUUUGUCAAACAUUCAAAUAAAUGAAUGUGUUUCACCAGACUUAUUUGGUGCAACACCAGAAUUAUCCAAAUCAACUUUGAGAAUGAAGUACAUUCACAAACCUUCUGAAUCGAACUCACAAAAAGACAACUCGCAUGAUUUGUUUUGUUAAAUAUUUGUUUUUAAGUUUUGUAUUUUUUCUCACUAUGCAAUAUUGUAAUUUUGACUUAUCCCGUAUGAACAGGGACUUUGCUUUGAUUUGUGAUUGUAUUUACUGUUCACCAUAUUGAUUUUCAAUAUAACUGAACCCUUGUUUAAAA